AUGCCGAACGGAUCCUCGCAAGACUUCAAGGUAUAUUGGGACUCGCUCGAGAAGACCCGUCAAGCGAGCUACGACAUCGAGGCUUCGAAUCUGGUUGCCGACAGUGUGUGGACUGCGAACACAGUCGACGUUCUCGCGAAAUUAUCUGGUGGCACGUUGCAUUAG